CCCAAGGUCACUCCAGAGCACAUGGUUUGUCAAAAUAACGAAGUAAGAGAAAAAUCAGAAAAGAAACUGACAAGCUCUUCUAAUCUGUUUGGUUAUCCACACUCACAGAAGAACAAUUAAUUGAUAUUAACUUCACUGCUUCCAAUGAUCCUGAAGUGAAGACAGAGAUUACAGUGUUUGCUGUGAGCAAGACUGUUGAUGAGAAAACAGCAGGAAGGCACCCAUUGCAAGAGCAUGGAUGAGAUUCCAGUAGAGGGCAUGAAACAUGCUGGACCAGACAGUGUAGUUUCAGAAAAUGGUGAGACGAAUGAUACAUGUCCUACUGAUGCCAAUCUUGAAAAUGUAGUUAGACAGAAGAAUGACGUCAACAUGGAUAGCAAAGCAGAUGUAACAUGUGACUCUGGAAAAUCAAGCCUGAAAGAGGAACAUGAAACAAACAAAGAGGAAAAGAAAGAAGAUAAAAUGGAAAGAGAGGAGACAACAACAGAGACAAUUAUCAAAGUGGGUGGGUCACAUGAAACAAAUACGGAAGAAAAUGGGAAAAUGGAUACAGAAGCAAUGACAACCUCAGAGACAAUUCAGACAGAAGAAGAAAUAAUGGAUGUCAACUUCACUGCCUCCAAUUAUCCUGAAGCGAAGACAGAGAUUACAAUGUCUGCUGUGAGCAAGACUAUUGAUAAGAAAACAGAGCAGGAAGGCAAAAAUUGCAAGAGCAUGGAUGAGAUUCCAGUAGAAGGCAUGAAACAUGCUGGACCAGACAGUGUAGUUUCAGAAAAUGGUGAGACAAAAGAUACAUGUCCUACUGAUUCCAAUCUUGAUAAGGUAGCUACACAGAAGAAAGACGUCAGCAAAGUUAAUGUAACAUGUGACUCUGGAAAGUCCAGCCUGAAAGAGGAAGAUGAGACAAUUAAAGAGGAAAAGAAAGAAGAUGCCAAAAUGGAGACCGAGACAAUAACAACAACAGAGACAAUUAGUAAAGAUGACAAGCCACAUAAGACAAAACCUGUGUCGAUGGCCUACCGUGGUGAUGGGGAUUCCAGCAGUGAUGAGGCUGACUCCAGCGAGGAUAGUGACAGCAGCAUUUCCACAACAUCUGGCUCAGACCUGGAGGAGCCCAAACCUGAAACUGUGUCAGACAGGGAAGAAGAGGAAGAGGAAAAACCGGGGAAGAAGAAGAAAGCUUUUGAUGGUAUCCGAACACGAGGGGAACUCUACCCAGAGGAGUUACCCCCCCUGGAAGAACUGAAAAUUUCUGUUGAUGAAACUGUGGAGAUGCAAGAAAUUGGAAAGGUUUCUGGAAUUGUUGGCAUUCUAGUCAUCAUUCAAGCCAGCAAGAACAUGCCUGCCCUGGACGAGGAGACGGUGCUGUUCAACGAAAACAGGGAAGCGCUUGGGAAGAUAUUUGAAGUAUUUGGUACUGUAGCUUCUCCAUUCUACUCUGUGCGAUUUAACAGCCUAGACGACAUCACUGACAAGAACAUUGUCAUAGGGUUGAGCAUCUACUGUGCACCCAAAGAACAGGAGUACACCCAGUUUGUGUUUGUGGAGCAGCUGAAGAGAAUCAAAGGAUCUGAUGCAUCAUGGGAAAACAACAAUGAGCCACCAUCUUGGUGCAUGGAGUUUUCUGAUGAUGAAGAUGAGAAGAGGAUGAAGUCCAAGAAUCGGAACAAAACAGCUCCCAAGGAGAGCAAUGCCGAUGAUGAGUCGGCCAAUAAAAAGCCUCGUAACAAUAGGAAGAAGAAGAUGAGGGGCGAAGGUGGAAAUGGAACUACUCAAGACUCCACUCGUGGACACUCCAAGAUGUCCAAUCAGAGAGGAGGCAGGGGAGGACAUAGUUGGCCGCCAAAGCAGACUGACAGCUGGCCUCCUAAUGACGGUAGUAACUGGCCUCCAAAACCACAGGAAACAUGGAUGUCUUCUCAAAAUGAUGAAUGGCAACCACAGAUGAGACAAUACGGGUCAAGAGGUCAUUCUUCCCGACCUUUCAUAUCGCCACCUAAUUUUCAGGGAGGCAGAGGAGGUAACAGACAGUCUGGUGGGCCUCGCUUUACUGCUCAGUUCCAGAAUCAACCGAGGGGACCUCCUUUUGGUGGUCAUCAAGGUCAGCACAUAGAUCACCAAGGUCAUCUGUCAAAUCAUGGUUUCCAAAGCCACAACUUCAGAGGUGGUCCAUUUCAUGGUCAUUCAGAUGGUUUCUCACAAGGACAUAGUGGGUUUAAUAAUCCUAUAGUUGAUACAAGACUGAUGCAGAACUCGGAUCAAGGUGAAGGACCAUUCACCAUGAUCAGACCACCAAACUCAAGAUCAACAUUUGGAGGACAACCACAUUUUACUGCUGGUCCAAUGGGUGGUGGCUACCCUCAGAGGCCAUCAGGGCCAGGGGUUACAAGGUUCACUGGAGCACCCGCGGGGAGGUGGUAGAGCUGGUCUAAUGAUCUGCAGGAGGUGACUUCAGGGGCUAUUGGGGCAGCAAGGUUCACCUGGGCAGCCCCGGGGAGGUGGUAGAGCUGGUGUGAUGUGCAACAGGUGACUUCAGAGGCAGUCGGGGCAGCAAGGUUCACCUGGGCAGCCCCGGGGAGGUGGUAGAGCUGGUGUGAUGUGCAACAGGUGACUUCAGCGGCAGUCGGGGCAGCAAGGUUCACCUGGGCAGCCCCGGGGUGCUGGUAGAGCUGGUGUGAUGUGCAACAGGUGACUUCAGAGGCAGUCGGGGCAGCAAGGUUCACCUGGGCACCCCCAGGGGUGGUGGUAGAGCUCGUGUGAUGAGCUGAAGCGGGUGACUUCAAGGGCUACCGGGGCAGCAAGGCUCAGACAAGCACCUGUGGUCAGGUGGUAGAGCUGGUCUGAUGAAUGACUAGUACUCUGUGGCCAUCAGAUUCAGCAGUCAACAUUGCAGGAAUCACAGAGUUCUUCUUUAAACUGUCAUGGCCGGUAUUUGUAGACCCACAAGUCUGGUAACACUGGUUCCUUGUUUACUAGUGUAUAUCACAUAUGUUGCAUAUGACUUCCGAAUAUCCUUUUGGUUCCAUUCAUAAAUAUUACAAUAUUUACCAAAUAUAAUAUGCCCUGACAGAAACUACUGAUCAGGCUGUCACAUGCAGUUUUGGAUCAGUAUUUUAUGGUAGUUUCUUGAUGUUAAUGUGCAAUUUUGUUUAUGUUUAUGUGUAUACUUUGAUAUAGGUUUAAGGUUUAAUCAUAUUAAACAAUUGAAAUACAAGCGGGGUCAUUUUUCUACUUUUGCUCAUCACCCUUUUGCUCAAAAAAUAAUUUUGUUCCAUGGGGAUAUAUUACAUCUGUAUCCUUGUUACUUGUAUGUCUGGGUCUAAAGAAUAAUGUUGAAGUGAUAACCUGAAUCUUGGUGAUUUUAACAUUUCUCUGUUUAACAUGCAAUUAUGCUUUUGUACCCCAUUAUAACUAAGUUUCAGUUUGGCUUGAACGUUUUUGAUCAUAGAUUCAAGUGCCAGAUCGUCCUAUUUAUGUUUCUAGUAUUUUCAGUGACAUUCCUAUGUCAGUCCAUUUCAGCAUCCCAUUUUCCUCAAGCCAUGAUGUAACAGAAGUACUGUACAAAUCAGUGUUAAACCUAACUCGCUAACUCCAUGUGGCAGUUUUAAAGAGAAGCAGUGAAUAGAGUAACAGGGAAAUACAUCUUUCCCCAAUUUGCAGUAUUUUAAUGUCAUGAAGUGCUAAGUUUGUGUGUAAAUAAACGUUAUUUACAAGAGUUACACUAACCUUUUCAUCUAAAGUAUAUGUCUUGUUCAAGGAAAUUUGGUUAAAAAUGGUUUGAAAUUGAAUUCAGGGAAGGCCAUAGCAGGAACACAGGACUUAGCUGGGACAUGUUCCGCUUGUGUAGUGGUUUAUUAACAUCUGACAAUGCAAAAUACCUUAUCAA